AUGGACGAUUACGUCGAGUUUUUCCCCUGGUUAGAAGGAGAAAGGAUAUUUUCUAGCCUAGGAAGAGCUGUUGUAAAGCGUCGUCGACAGGAUGGAGAGGGCUUUGAAGUUGCAAAAGUUGGGGCUGUGAAUGAAAACGAGAUCGCGGUUCUUGACCAUAUCUCGAGAUGUACCACGGUCAAAACGGCGAAACUGCGUGGAGUGAGCAUAGUUCGCGAAAACUCGAUAAUGAUUAUGGAUUUCCUCCCCGGAAAAAGGCUUGACUCCGUCUGGAAAAGCAUGAAUGGUGACGAUAAAGAGUAUCUGAAAACCCAGAUCCAGGAACAAGUUGUCCUCCUGAGACAAUGCUCAAUCGACUAUGUUGGUGGCAUUUCCCAUAACCGCUACGUCCGAGAUCCCUAUCGCCCAUUCAAGGGGGAGUUUUGCGGGCCAUUUCAUACUGAAGCGGACUUUGACAAACACAAGGUCUCCCUGCUAGGUGCGCGGGAUCCUGCGGCAGCAAAGGCCCUGGAGGAGAAACUUGACGCGCUUCGCAAGCCAGCAUCUAAACCUCGCUUCGUACUCACUCAUGGCGACCUCUGCCCACAUAACAUACUUGUCCAGAAUGUUGGGGAAGGAAAUGAUACUGAAUGGCGUAUUACGGGAAUCAUCGAUUGGGAAAGAAGCGGAUUUUUUCCUGACUACAUGGAGUAUACAAUCGCUAUGACAAGUGAAUUUCACGAUCCAGAGUGGAAACAAUUUUUGAAUGAGGUCUUCAGCGGGAUUGGAUUACAAUGUUCCCCCCAGAGAGUCGAGGCGGAGGCACUGGCUGUGGAACGGUUAUUUGGGGAGGUUACUUACUUCGGGCACUAG